GCUCAUCUUAGACCCGCCCUUCCUGAGACUGAAAACCUCAAAGGACCUUGUUUUCCUUCUUCCUGGGUGAAUUAUUGAUCAGAAGUCCUCCUUCCAGCCGCCGCUGCUGGGAUGAUCGCUGGAAUGGGAACAGGAAGUUAACGUCACGGACAGAGAAAUGAGACUCACGAAAGAAAACACCACCAUGAUGAUGAUGUUGAGGGAGAGAAUGUCAAGCCCGUUAGUUUAGAAAAGGAAAAAGAAGAGAAAUCCUGCCUGCCUAGCUUAAUCUGAGGAAAAAGAUGAGUUGCUAUGUCGGGGCUGGAACUGCGGCAUCAGGAAGGGUAACGGCGUGUUGCUAAAUGGAGUCGGAGCAGCUCUACCACAGAGGCUACUGCAGGAACAGCUACAACAGCAUCGCCAGCGCCAGCAGUGACGAGGAGCUGCUGGAUGGAGCCGGCAUCAUCAUGGACUUCCACACCACCGAGGAUGACAACCUGCUCGAUGGGGACGCUGCCUCCCCAGGCUCUAACUACGCCAUGUCUAAUGGCGGCGGGGCAGCCAGUAGUACCACCCAUCUGUUGGACUUCCUGGAGGAGCCCAUUCCAGGAGUGGGAACGUAUGACGACUUCCACACCAUCGACUGGGUUCGCGAGAAGUGCAAGGAUCGCGAGAGACACAGGAAGAUCAACAGCAAGAAGAAAGAGUCGGCAUGGGAGUUCACCAAGAGCCUGUACGACGCCUGGUCCGGGUGGCUGGUCGUGACGCUCACCGGCUUGGCAUCAGGUGCUUUGGCUGGCCUGAUUGACAUUGCUGCUGAUUGGAUGAAUGACCUGAAGGAAGGUGUUUGUCUGAGCGCCAUGUGGUUCAACCACGAGCAGUGCUGCUGGACGUCCAAUGAGACCACCUUCGCUGAGAGGGACAAAUGUCCUCAGUGGAAGAGCUGGGCCGAACUAAUAUUGGGACAGGCCGAGGGCCCCGGCUCUUACAUCAUGAACUACUUCAUGUACAUCUACUGGGCUCUGUCCUUCGCCUUCCUGGCCGUCUGUCUGGUCAAGGUUUUUGCUCCAUAUGCCUGCGGCUCAGGAAUCCCAGAGAUCAAGACAAUCCUGAGUGGGUUCAUCAUCCGGGGCUACUUGGGUAAGUGGACCCUGAUGAUUAAGACCAUCACUCUGGUGCUGGCGGUGGCGUCGGGGCUCAGCCUGGGGAAGGAGGGGCCCCUGGUCCAUGUGGCCUGCUGCUGCGGGAACAUCUUCUCCUACCUCUUCCCAAAGUACAGCAAGAACGAGGCCAAGAAGCGAGAGGUUCUGUCGGCCGCAUCGGCUGCUGGGGUCUCUGUAGCUUUUGGAGCACCGAUUGGAGGAGUUCUGUUCAGCUUGGAAGAGGUGAGCUACUACUUCCCUCUGAAGACCCUGUGGCGCUCCUUCUUUGCCGCACUGGUGGCGGCCUUCGUGCUGCGCUCCAUCAACCCCUUCGGUAACAGCCGCCUGGUGCUGUUCUACGUGGAGUACCACACUCCCUGGUACCUCUUUGAGCUCAUCCCCUUCAUCCUUCUGGGGGUGUUCGGAGGACUCUGGGGCGCCUUCUUUAUCCGAGCCAACAUCGCCUGGUGCCGGAGACGCAAGUCCACACGCUUUGGGAAGUACCCUGUGUUGGAGGUGAUCCUGGUGGCUGCCAUCACAGCGGUGGUCGCUUUCCCUAACCCCUACACCCGUCAGAACACCAGUGAGCUGAUCAAAGAGCUGUUCACCGACUGCGGCCCACUGGAAUCCUCCCAGCUGUGCCAGUACCGCAGCCAGAUGAACGGCAGCACCGCUUACACGGACAACCCCAACCAGCCGGCGGAGCCGGGCCUCUACUCAGCCAUGUGGCAGCUCUGCCUGGCGCUCAUCUUUAAAAUCAUCAUGACUAUAUUCACAUUUGGACUGAAGGUACCGUCAGGCUUGUUCAUCCCCAGCAUGGCCAUUGGAGCAAUCGCAGGGCGAAUUGUCGGCAUCGCCAUGGAGCAGCUGGCGUAUUACCACCACGACUGGUUCCUGUUCAAAGAGUGGUGCGAGGUCGGAGCCGACUGCAUCACUCCGGGCCUCUACGCCAUGGUGGGGGCCGCAGCGUGUUUGGGUGGCGUGACCCGUAUGACUGUCUCACUGGUGGUCAUCGUGUUCGAACUGACCGGCGGCCUGGAAUACAUCGUCCCCCUCAUGGCCGCCGUCAUGACCAGCAAAUGGGUGGGCGACGCGUUCGGCCGCGAGGGAAUCUACGAGGCUCAUAUCCGUCUGAACGGAUACCCCUUCCUGGACGCCAAGGAGGAGUUCACGCACACCACGCUGGCCAGAGACGUGAUGAGGCCCCGGAGCAGCGACCCGCCGCUGGCGGUGCUGACGCAGGACGACCUGACGGUCGAGGAGCUGCAGGGCAUCAUCAAUGAAACCAGUUGUAAUGGUUUCCCAGUGAUCGUGUCCAAGGAGUCGCAGAGACUGGUGGGCUUCGCUCUGCGCAGGGACAUCACUAUUGCUAUAGAAAACGCUCGCCGCAAGCAGGAGGGCAUCAUGUUGAACUCGAGGGUGUACUUCACCCAGCAUGCACCCACCCUGCCAGCCGACAGCCCCCGGCCCCUCAAGCUGCGCUCCAUCCUGGACAUGAGCCCCUUCACCGUCACCGACCACACCCCGAUGGAGAUCGUGGUGGACAUUUUCAGAAAGCUGGGGCUCAGGCAGUGUCUGGUCACUCACAACGGGAAUGUGUUGGGCAUCAUCACAAAGAAGAAUAUAUUAGAGCAUCUGGAGGAGCUCAAGCAGCAGACGCAGCCCCUGGCGCCUUCUUGGUAUUAUCACAAAAAAAGAUAUCCUUCGUCACAUGGCUCAAAUGGCAAACCAAGAUCCAGAGUCCAUCAUGUUCAACUGAUCCGCUCCUUCCAGGACGGCUGGGGGGGAGGAGGAUGUAGCGAGGAGGAGGAGGAGGAGGAAGAGGAGGAGGAAGAGGUCUGCCUCCUGAACGGCUCCAAUCUCUGACAUCCGGACACUUUUUUUUUUUUGUGGUUUGUUUUAUUUCCUUUAAUGUUCAGCUUUGCAGGCCCCCGAGCCUCACUGAAUGACUCGCUGUGGCCCCCCCAGAGACUUUCGGGCCACCAGGAGGAGAAAAGCGACAAUAAAAACAUUGAUGUUGUCGUCUGGCUGCUGAGGACAGAAAACGGUCACGUGUUGAAGGCACUUUUUACACACACACACUUUUUCUUUUGCACUCAGACAUUCGAAACAUGCAUGCUGUCUCCAAACACGCGCGCGCGCUGACCUGAAACGUUACACCUGUUUGCACUCUUGCUGCGCCUGCCCUCCUGUCCCAUGGGGGUCAAAAGGUCAGAAUGAACCGCAGACGAGGGAUGCGAUGAUGCGACCUCGAUACUUCCUGCGCACUCACCUCCCCUCCAUAAAAACACACACGUACACACACCUCUGACCUGUCCGUCCUCCAGAAACAAAACAAAAAAAAAAGAAAUGCGUUGUUUACCUGUGAAGUAUGCGUGAGUCAGUGUGUCUGCAGCGCCUCCACAUUCCAGCCAGGCCACUAUGGGAACUGCACCCAGCUACAUGAGUUGGCUUUAAUAUCCGUCUCCCUGUGUGCGUGGGUGGGUGUGUGUGUGGGUGUGUGUGAGCAAACCCAGGAAGAGAUGCACUGAGAUGGAGUCGGUACUUUAUUUCAAGAACAAAAAUGUUCCCGUCCAGAAGGAAUGAAGAGAAGAAAGUGAAAAGUUGGGAUGUUUUCAUUUUUGAGCCACUAGUGUGCAAGUCUGUGUGUGUGAGUUCAUUAAUUAUGAAGGCAGGUUGUGUGUCUGGGUGUGUGUGUGUGUGUCUGUGUGUAAUUGAAGUACAAAAUGAAAACUGUCAGAUGAAAACCAUGCUACGUCAAUAUGAGGGGUUUGUUUCAAACGAACAUUUAAAAACACCUGAUCUCAUUGCAGCCAAUCAGCUCGAAGCAUCAGAAUUGGUCUGUUUUGAUUGGUUGAAUUUGUUACAGUGAGAGUGACUCCGUUUGAACUUCUCUCUUUAAAACGGGCCACAAACUUCAAAUGCAGGCGGGUCUCAACAGAUUACAAAAUCUCUGAAAAGAUUGAUUUAUUUAUUUCAGUAAUUCCAAAAAAUGUAAACAUGUAUGUGACGGAGCCUUUACACACGGUGUGAUUUCAGGCAUUUACUGGAGUUAAUUUUGAUAAUUUAUACUACACACCUUAAAAAAAUAAAAAAAAAUCAGAUUUGGCGAUAAUUGUAACAUUAAAUCACAUCAAUAAAACAUUUACUAUAGAAUUGCAGUAACACACAAAAGUAUGUAAACUUUUGUGCACUCAAAACUUGGUUAGGGUUUUGAGAGACUUGCUUAAUAAUUGAAAUAUUUUCUUAUCUGAAAUGGAGCAAGACUUUUUCCUUCCGCUCAACUUUCCAGCAGUUGGAUUCGGCCCUCUGUAAACAUCCAGCUUCUUCAGCGAAAACAUUUUGAGGCUUACCCUCAGUGACUGCAGGAUCAACCCAGCAGUGUUCCCUAUGUAUGGACUAAUAUAAUAUUUAGUCUAAAACCAAUCGUUUUAUUGGACUUGCAUGAUAUUCUAACUGUCUGAGAAAGUUGCGUUUGGGUUUUGGUUAUCUGUAAGCCAAAAUGAAACAAUUAAUACAAUUAAUAGAAGAAAAAUGCUUGAAAUCUACUACUGUGUACGUAAUAAAUUUGUAUGAGAGCGAGUUCUUGCAUUGCUGAAAUAAAUGUUUCCCACCUUGUAACCAGGCACAUCUGAGCUGCUUUAGCUUUCAACUCAAUCAAACCCUAGUUUUUUGUUUUUGCUUUGUUUAAUUUUGGAAACAUAACACGAAUAAUUAACAAUUGUGUCGUUCUUCAAAACCAGGAGAUCUAAAUUGUGUAAAAACGACCAAAUAUACUUUUUCUGUUAAGUUUUGGCAAAACAGUAAUAACUGAUUUAAAGAGGAACAGUUCCCUAAAGUGUGAUCUUACAGUUGAAAGCGGAGUAGCCGACUGACUGUCUUAAAACUGUCUAAACUGCAGCCUGACUUGCUGCCUUUGCUUUCAGCCCCUCUAACUCUGAACGGGUCUCUGCUGUCGCCCCCCGGCAGGCAGGCAGGCAGGCGUUCUUCGUGCUCCUCUGGUCUCGCCACGUCUCUGAAGUGCCUGAUGGAAGAUUGUCGGGCUUCGCUUCCUUUCGUUUCGUUCUUUGUCCUCGCACACCUGACAUUUCAAUCGGAAAUUAUGAAGGGAGGAGACUCGGGACGAGAAAGCGGACAAGCAGUAGCACAUUACCUGUAGAGUGUGUGUGUGUGUGUGAGGGGUGUGAUUGCGGACCUGUGUGCGUCUUUGCGUUGCGGUGACUGUCCUCCUGUGGUUCAGCGGGGAGCAGAGCAUCAUCUUUGUCAACCAGUGGUGUUGCCUAACAUUGUAUUUCAUACUGAACCCGAUGUUCUCCUUUAUUUUAUAAUUUAUGGGUAGUGUCGAUACAGUUGUGAAUUAUUAUUAUAAUAAUUAUUAUUAUUCUGAAGAAUUUUAUGUCUGAUUACAUUGUUUGAUUGUACAUUAAGAACAGAGGAUAUGUAAAGAAAAUAAAACUUGUUUUAAAUUAAAAGGAGAAAAUAUUGAAGUUGCA